AUGGAAUCUAUUUAUCAACUAGCAUAUGCAGCAGCUGAAACGAUCGAUAUACUUGCACGUUCAUUAGAAAAAUCAUUGAAUAAUUCAUCUCGAAUACUUUUUACAUAUUUAAUUCAAUCUGGUUAUAAACGAGCUUAUGAAACAGGUUUAAUAACUGGUCAUCGUUUACAAGAAAUACAAAGACUUGAACGAUCAUUCAAUGAAAUUUUUAAAUGUUAUAAAUGUUGGGGUGAAAUACAUUCUAUUGAACGUUUUCAACAACGUUGGCAAAAAAUUCAACGUCUAUUUUUUUCUUCGCCAUCAUCAUCCAAUCAUAAUAUAACACCAAAACAUUAUGUUAUUUUUUCACAUGGAAAUCUUCUUAGUAGUAUCAUUAAUUUUCUUAUGUCGGGUCCAUCCUGGAAUUUUAGUAAUAUUGCUCCACAUUGUUCCAUCUCUAUUUUAUCGUAUAAACCAGGAAAUUUAUUACCACAAAUUGUUUUAACACCUUUUCAAAUAUUAAAUCAAUCAUUACCAACAACUAUUAAUAAUAUAAAUCCAAGAAAAAUGCAUUUAAAAGAAAUUGUCACAACAGGAAUAAUCAAUGAGCAAACUUGGAAAUUAAUUAUUAAUUCAAUGAUUCCAGAACGUGUUGUUGGUUCAUAUACAGAUCAAAUUUCACGUAUUUCGGAAUUUAUUCCGGGUAAUGAAGAAGAAUCACAUUAUAUGUUGCUUGUCUUUAAAAAAUAUUACUCACAAAUAAUAACAACAACAACAACUGAUAAAUUAUCUAUUACUGAUCAAAAUUCAGAUAGUGAUAACGAAGAAGAAGAUGAGAAUGAUGCUGAAGAUCAAAAUGAUCUAAUAUCUAUCAAUCGAUAA